UUUUGACGAUUUGUCAGAAUAUUGAUGCGGUGGUUUGAAUCACGUUUGAAUUAAAGUGCGAGGCUCGGCAUUUGACUUGAUUUUCCUCCCAUAUUGUGCUUUAAUGUAUAAAUGAGAUUCUUCGCGGUGUGAUUGUGUAGUGAUUUUAGUGAUAAUAAGUGAAAAAUCAUGGUUUUGGCUGAACGAAGUACCGAUGUUCGAAACGGGAAGCGGUCGAGGGGCCCAAGCCCCAAUGGUCAUGGAAGUCCAGAUUCUAGCUCUGAAGAUGAAAAUGUAAUCCCAUUUGCAGCUGAGAAAAUUAGAGUGGGUAGGGAUUACCAGGCAGUGUGUCCUGAACUUGAACCUGUAGAGCAGCGGAAACCAGAGCAAAUAUCAGAUCGUGCCUUGUUGGUGUGGUCACCUACUGCAGAUAUUUCUGAUAUUAAAUUGGACGAAUAUAUAACCACCGCAAAGGAAAAAUAUGGAUAUAACGGAGAACAAGCACUUGGCAUGUUGUUUUGGCAUAAACAUGACCUCAACAGAGCAUCAAUGGAUCUUGCUAAUUUCACCCCAUUCCCUGAUGAGUGGACAGUCGAGGAUAAGGUGUUGUUUGAACAGGCUUUCCAGUUCCACGGCAAGAGCUUUCACAGAAUACGGCAAAUGCUGCCUGAUAAAUCAAUAGCAUCUCUAGUUAAAUAUUACUACUCAUGGAAGAAAACAAGAGCGCGCACAUCCCUCAUGGAUGUAGUAGGUGAGGGUCGGAAUGCCACCAGUUCAGGCACUGGCAAACGAGAAUCAGGAGCUGGCUCGGAGCCCGGAGGCUCAGAUAAAGAAUCCGACAAUGAUGAAAAGAAGUGGACUAUCCACCGAGGUAUUGUGCGUGGCGGGAAUGGCCAGACCGCGGGCGCCUCGCUUCGCACUUCCGGAGGCCAGGGCGAGACGGCGGCAGAGGGCGCUGGCAAAACGUGCACCGUAUGCGGCAUUUUCUGCUCUCACACCACGCCCCACAACUCGCAGAAGUUGUGCCAAGCGUGCCUCGUGCAUGCCAGACGCACGGGCACGAUGCGACCCCUGUGCGGGCCUUCCGGGCGGCGAGGGCCGGGCUCCAAACAGCAGCGGUACAAACAUCACUUGCCUCGUGGCAUUUACAUCAAUCACGACGAUCUCGUGGCCAUGGCGACCGGCCCGCAGCCCGGGGACGCCCCCACGCCAGGCCUCGUCAAUCAGGGCGAGGCGAUGCUUAAAGCGAUGGACAGGGAAAUUAUAUCGCUUAAAAGACAAGUGCAGCAGAACAAACAACAAUUGAGCGCGAUGAAGCGUAAAGUUGGCGAUGCGGGCGUUGAAGAAUUAAGGCCAGGGGAACCCCCGGCAAAGAUCAAUUCGCGUUGGACGAACGAUGAGCUUCUAAUGGCAGUUACAGCCGUCAGGAAAUAUGGCCGCGACUUCCAAGCUAUUGCAGAGACGCUCGGCACGAAAACUGAAGCGCACGUGCGCACUUUCUUCGUGUCAUACCGCCGCCGCUACAACUUGGACGCCGUGCUGAGGGAACACGAGGCGGACGAGGCGGCCAGGGUCAACUUACAGAUACAACGCACCGGCGCCACAAGCACAGAAGCCACGGACACGGCAAACGAGAGCGCGAACGCCAACAAUGGCACGAGCUCGCCUCAGGCCGCUAGUAAGGAUGAAAAGAUGGAGGUAGACAGCGAGGGCGUAGCUAUCGGCGCGUCCGCGGAGCAGGGGGGGCCGCCCACCACGCCGCCCAAACACAAACCCGGCAAGUGAUCCACGCCGCAUUAGGCUUGCCCUCGCAUCUAACUUAUCCCACACCCGUCAUCGCAUCCAAUUGUGUUUAGUGCAAAUUUUCUGAGUCAGUUGUGCAAAUGUGAAUAUAAACAUUAAGAGCACAGUUUGAGCCACAUUUAUAAGUUCGCUUGAUAGUUUGUAAUUGCCUUUUUAUCUAAGUACCGUGCUUUUCUGCGAGUUUUAAUCUUAAGUUUGGUUUUGAAAAUAAGUGUACAUUUAAUUUCUUAAUAUAACCUACUACUCUAGGAUUCUAUAUAAACUAUUCUGUAUAAAUGCGUGAUAUAAUAUGUCCUGUUGUGGUUUCAGCCUAGGCUAGGUUAAAUUAGACUUCAUCAAAAUAUGUAUGUAGGAUCUUAAUAACAUAUUAUUUCUUAAAAAUAACACAAUACACAAUUAAGUGUGGAUACAUAUUUUUUUAUGUGCAGACAUUAAGUGCAGUUUCAACUAGGUAAGCUUGUUAGUUUAAAUUAAAUUUUGAACUUGACUUCAAACAAGUAAUAGAAAGAGUGAUUGUAGUAAAAAAGCCUUAUAGGGAUUAUAUUUAAAAUCAAGAGCAAUUUAAUUUGAGAUGUAAGAAAAGCUUUCAUAGUGUCCCUAUGAAAGCUUUCAUAGUGUCUCUAUGAAAGCUUUUCUUACAAAAUCGAGGAAGGUGGCCAUUGAAGUGGUACUCCCUCAAUCUUCAAGGUUAACCGGAGUUAUAGAAAUGAUCGCUGGAUUUCAUAGUUUAACCAUGUAAAUGUCACAAUUGCUAUGAUAUAGGCACAAACUGAAACUAUGUAAUAUUUAUAAGCGUAUGUACUAUUUUAAAUGCUUUACCAUAUCGCUAGAUUGUAGACAUAAAUUAAUGAGUGCAAGUUUAAAGAGUAUUUUAUGAAGGAAGUGUAAAAAAUAUAAAAUUUUAAAACACAUACUUAUAAAUAGUAUACACCAGAGGCGUUCCUAAUAAAUAGUUUACUAUAUUAUGUAUCAAAUCUGAAAUAGAUGGUAGAUAGAAUUUCAAAUUAGAACACUUUUGUUAUAUAAAAAAGACCAGAUGGAAUGAACAUGAAUAACGGUUUGUUUAAAUUUUAUUUCAUUCCGUUCGUUUUUUUUUUUCUUAAAAAAGGAUUACUGUUUGCGAUUAGGUGGUGUUUUGUCUAUGUCUAAGUGUUUUGGACAGCAUUAGUAUUCAAUUGUAUGGCAAAAUCGCUGGCAUUUAUCUUUUUCCUUCGUCCAUGUAGGUAUAUGGGCAUUAAUAAUUGUGUUAUAAACAACAGUUGGAUUCGAGCGACGGUGGGGGGGUGAAUUGUGAUUUUCGUGUAAGGAAUGACAGUAUACGCAUAGUAUGGAUGUAAAUAUAGUAUUAGAAUAAAAAAAUUAACGUAAUCGUGGAAAAUAACAACAGUUAUGCCGAUGGACAUUUUGGUUGAAUUAAAGGUCUUCACACAUUUCACCCGAUUUUGAACUAAAUUCGCCUAACACUCCAAAAAAUUUGUGAUAUGUUUUAUUGAAAGAUUAACUUGAUAAUGUAAAUGACUUUCCAUAAAAAUAAAUAUAUAUUUUUCCAAGAAUUUGUGAACACUUAAUGCAUUAAAACAGGAAAUUUGAAAUAGUAAUUUUUCCUGUGUCAAAGUGUUAACAGACCUUUAAUUUGUAUGGUAGAUAUUAAAAAGGUUAACAGGAAAACGUGACAUAACACAAGUAAUUAAGUCACAGAUUUAAGUCUCGUGGGUGUAACGUUUAUCUUCUUUUGAACGUUUUAAGUGACUUGAUAUUUGGUUUAAUAUCGCGCUAUUUAUUUUUGAAGGGUUAGUUUCACUUUUGGUAAUUAUCACUAUGCUAAUUUUGUAAUCUUGAGCGUAGUCUGCAUUGAGAAGGAUGUCUCACACAGUACACGAUUUUGGGGAGUCAAAAAACCUGAUAAUAGAGUCAACCUCUUAACUAUAGUUACUAAAAGUGAAAUUAUCUCUUUAAAUAUACAAAGUACUUAUAGGUAGUUUCUGGUUGUAUGUAAGCUGCAGAGCUGUGCUCUCGGAUCUCGGAUAUGUUGCUUGCAACAAACUUUGUUCACAUCCCAUAUAUAUUCGCAUUAAAUACUAGUUCAGAUAUCUUGUUCUACGUAAAUUGGUAUAACUUUAUAUAAUACUUUAAUUAAUAGCCUGUUUGGUAGUCUUAAAAAAUCUAUAAGCAUAAUCAAUUCUUGAAUUAUGUCCAUUAUUUGCUUGUAGUAUUAUAGCGAACUAACAAUGAAUUAGAUGUUAGGGCAUAUUUUUAUUCGAAGAUACUCGCUUAAGUACUAUUUUAUGAUAGUUUCAGAUUUUAUCAGAUUCUGAACUGAAUAAUAUUGAUAUGAUUGGUGGUACCUUACGAUGUACCCGUCUUAUGUAAAUUGUGUCGAUUUAUGUUAAGCCUAAUUUUUGUAUUUAUCGUGAACAGAAUGAUGUAUAGAAAUGAUAAAUGUUAUUAAUAUUGACUAUAUUUUUGUACACUUAAAAGACAUCUUGGAUUAGAAGAGGUUAGUGUGAUUUGUCGAGGCAUCAUUAUAUUAAAUUUAUGUAGUCCCCUUAAGAGCCGAGUUGUUGAAUUUUUAGAUAAAAAUGGUCAUCUUUAUAUGGGAUUACAAUUAAAAUUAUUGCAUGAUAAUCAAAUGUAUGACAAAUUUAUUCAAUUACGUUUAUAAUUUGCCUCUAGUUGGUAAUAUUGUUGUAUCGUUUUUUUUUUCUUUUUAAAUCGACAAUUCGGCUCUAUCAUAUAUGACUUUAGGUUCAAUUUCAUUUAGUGUAAUUUGAAUGAUCGCUUGUUUAUAGCAUAAUGUUCUACUAGUUGUAAUAAAUACAUCACGAGUGAGCAGUGUUGAUGAUCGAAGAUGUGUUACCGACCUUAGUUAUUUAUAAUUGACUACCUACCCUUGUGACGUAGUGAAAAUUGAAAAAAUAGUGCAAAGUAUAAAAAUAAAAAUAUUAUGAUAACACUUAUGAUUAUGUAGUAUCAUAUUAUUACUGCUAGACAUGUAUGCAGGGAUCCUGGCAAGUGGAAAGAUUAAGUCUCUGAGUUACGUUACGUUCUUAGUAACGUUUUAAAAGAUAAAAAAAAAAUGCAAAAUACGCGGGACAUGAUAACUACGAAAUUAGUUUCAGUUUUUUAUGUUUUCACUGCGUCAUAAUUGGCAUAACUUAUUGUGUAUAUAAGUACCCACCAUAGUUUAAUAUUUUGUUAAGAUAAGUAAUAAUUAUACUCUCCCACAUCUUCAUUGCACAUUUCUGAUACGAGUACAUUCAGAUAACGUCCGCCUAUCAACUGACGUAGCAAUAUUUGUUUCUUUAUAUUUUUUAUGAGUAUCGAAAUACUUUUAGUUUGGGUCAUGGGUUCUUUAUAAAUUAGUUGUACCGCCCAUUUCUACUAAUAGUUGACAUGUAUUUGUAUAUUUGUAAGGCCAACUGCCUGGUUGAUAUUCGAGAUUUAUUUUAAUGAUGGCCAAUGAGUUUUACCGCUUUUGAUCUGUGUGUUCAUAGAAGUUUGACAAAAUAUAAUUUAGCCUUGCGUUUUAGUUUGUAGUCGCAAAUCACUAAAGAAAUAAAAUGUAUUUCUUGUAGUUCGACUUAUCAAAUGUGUUCAAGAGUAGAAUAUAUUUUUCGUAACUUCUCGCCUAUUUCAAAAUAUUAAACACUAAAUCAAGCUAAGAAGAUACAUUUCACAAAGUGAGCGGUUAUAAUAAACUGUAUUUUGAUUGUAAGAUAUUUUGAUUAAAUUUUGAAUAUUUUUAACACCCGACAUAAACACAACGGGGUGUUAUUGCCGAAUAAGAAAACUAACUUACGAUUUAUUUGUGGCAUAAAAUGAAUCGCUCCCAAAGACGUCCACUCAAUGAAGUCAUUUUAUUGAUGCUAAUUUAGAGCUAGUAGGAUUAUUGUUACGGAAUAAAAAUAUUUUUUAUUAGUUAUUGUGUUCUGUAUAUUAAGUAAUUAAAUCAGUUUAUGAAGUUCUUUUUAUGGUUAAGUGAGCUCAAGCGGUUAUUUAUCCCGACAUUAACACAAAUAGUCCGACUUUAGGGAGUUUUUAUUUUAAGGAUAAUAAUAAUUAUAUGUAUAAUAAUUA